AUCUAUAUACAUAGAUACAUAGUGAGAAAAACCGACGGAAAGCAUAACCGCGCAUGCGUCUGACAAAUUUCGGCCAUAUUGUUAUGACGCAUACAAGAUCAUAGGUCUCCGCCAGUGACGAGUCUUCUCGCAGUUGACGUGGCUACUACGUACCAUCCCGUUCGCCCACUCCGGACGCAGCAUAGACGGUGACGAGGAAUACGUAACUGGUGACCUUAGUGGGCAUGGACGGAAUGGUGGAGGAGAACGGCACCUCCGGUGGAGCAGGCGCCCCUGACGCAUUAUCCACUGGGCCUUCCGCAGGCGGCCCUCCUCACGCUGUUGUCACCAGCAUUGUGCAGCUCACAUUACCCACACAGGCGCCGUCAGCACAGGUUCAGAGUGUGAUACAGCCCAAUCAACAGUCCGUAAUACAAACAGCAUCCAAUAUACAAUCUGUUCAAUUACCAAAAGGAAAUGUUAUACUAGUAGGUAAACCAAGCUCUGUAAUACAUACUACCCAGGGGACUUUGCAAACUUUGCAGAUAAAGCCAGAACCUAAUGCAGUAUUGGGUGCACAAGGUCAAUCCUGCAGUGAUGACAGUUGUAGUGAUGAUGAAAGCCCCAAAAGAAAGUAUCGAGAAAUGUUGAGUAGACGUCCAUCCUACAGAAAGAUACUUAAUGACCUUGGAGGAGCAGAAAUUGCUGAAAAUCGCAUGGGAUCUAAACCAGGAUGUGAAAAUGAAGUGUCGCUGUCGUCUCCUUUGUCAUUUGCUCCAGUGAUACCAGCUGGAGCACUUCAAACAGACAGUGGUUUGCAUACACUGGCUGUUUCAGGAGCCGCUGGCGGCGGUGCCAUUGUACAAUAUGCGACUAAUCAGGAUGGCCAGUUCUAUGUGCCGGGUCCAAUGCUAGAAGACCAAACUCGUAAACGUGAACUACGACUACUAAAGAAUCGGGAAGCUGCGCGGGAAUGUCGUCGCAAGAAAAAAGAAUACAUUAAAUGUCUUGAAAAUAGAGUCGCAGUGCUUGAAAAUCAAAACAAAGCACUGAUAGAGGAACUUAAAUCUCUAAAAGAACUAUAUUGCCAGCAGAAAACAGAAUGAGACCCAGCCGGCUAACCGGGUGUGCCGUUGCCCUGCCGGUGAAAACUUUGAGGCACACAUGAUCACUGUGCUUACAUAUUGCUGUCGAAAUGGAUAUGCGUUUGCUCCCCUCUUGAUGCAAUGAGUCACAUUGUAAGACUUGAUUGGAAUGAAUUCAAUUAUGUCAAAUAAUGUUCUUGGAUUACCAUUUAAUAUCAAGUGAAUUUUUAUAAAGUAUUGUUAGAUUAUUUUGAUAUGUUGAAUUGUUAAUAUCUGUUUUAUAAUUUUCUGUUAUUGUUUUUAAUAUCAGUUUGAUUUUAGAUACAGUAAAAAUAAACGAACUAGGUAAUAAUAAUAUGAAAUGAAUAAUGAUUAAAAUGUUAAAUACUUAUCCUGAAUACCUAAUUAUAUCUAUAAAUAUUGUUGACCAUUCCAAAUACUAUAUUUUCUGUAAUACUAUAUAAAGUUAAAGUCUUAUCAAGCAUUCAAGUGCCAUUUUUGGGUCAAAAAAUUUAUAGUAAUAAAAUUAUUCUUUUUAGUUUAAUUGUGAAUAUGCUCAUUUUAUACGACAAUUGAUUUAUGAAAUUUUUUUACUUGCCUGUCUGUCCGUUCUUGUCAAUUGUGUUUUAACAAACUAUGGUCGCCAUGGUAUCUUUUUUAUUGUCACUUUAGUCUGUGAUUCAAGAUAUCGGUGAAUUUGUCCUCUAUAAAUUUAACAUGGUUGUUAAUGAAUUUUAACACCUAUCAGGUGUUUGUGGGUAAGCCAAAGUUAUAAUAUUUAGUUAUUUUGUGCAAUAGCCAUAUUGCAAUGUACAGUUUUUAUCUAUCAUUAUUUCUUCUCAAAUGUGAGAAAUAAGAAAUUAAAAUAUUAUGUACAUUGUGUAUAGAGAUAUAGAAAUUGUAAAGAAUGUAUGUAUUAUAAUAAAAAUGAAAUUUCUUUGUAUAUAGUUUAAUAGUUAUUAUAAUCUUGUGAAUGACAAGGAAUGGUUGAUGUUGUACAUUUCAAUGAUAAUUAAUUUUCACUGCAUUUCAAAGUAUCAUUAUGAAUUAAGAAUCAUUGCUGGUGUAAGUAGGUUAUUACGAACGACAGUCCCAUUCUUUCAUUAUAAAUUACAAAAAAAAUGACUAUAUUUUUUGUGAAAGGGUAAUUUAGAUGACUACCAGAGUAAAAUUAAGAUUUUAUGAAUUAUAAUUUGCCAUGAUUGACUUGACCAGAUUAUUUAUAACACAAACUUUAGUACCUAUGUGUACUCCAUUACCAUUAGAUGGCGUGAAUACCAUUGUAGCAGAUUAUCUUCAAUAAAUCAACAUCAAUCAUGGCAAGUGAUUUAAGAUUAAAUAUAGACAUUGUGCAAAGUGCCUUUUAGAAUGAAUAAAGUUUAUACCAAGAUAGCUUUUUAUGUUAACUUAAUGCUAUUUAUAAAUAUUAAUAAUAUU